CCCAAGCCGCCUGAUGACUCGCCCGCGGAAGAAGAAGGUGUGUUACCGGCGGUGUAAGAUCCUGAUGUGGUUCGUGCUGGCGUUCCUGGCGGUGUUCAUGUUCAUGGGCGCCAGCUGGUACGUGCACAGGCUGCACCGUGAGGCGGAGAGACCUCCAUGUGUGUACGGGGACGAGCACGAGGACUGUGAUAGGGAGAAGUCGAAGCUGUGGCUGGAGUGGUUGGAGAAGAGCCUGUGGAUGAUGGAGCACCGGGGGGAGGAGCGCGGAAGGGGGAAGAGCGGCCAUCGCUCCGGUCUGGAGAACGACACCCGCGAGCGUCCACUCCACAGGGAGGACGACAACCACAUGGAUCCGUUCAUACACAUGAUGAGGGAGUUCCGCCAGGAGAUGGAAGAGCGCUACCAGGAGAUGGACAGGGAUGGGGUUCACCCUCCCCCACCCCCUACUUCUCCCCCACCCCCUCCCAUGUAGAAUUAAUUAGAAUUGAUUGAUGCGACUCGUUCUAGGUUUUGUGAGACUUAAAUUUGCAUGCGUUUCCAAACCAUAAGAAUUAAAGUGCAUCAAAUGAUACAUGUAGUACAUUGUAAAGAAUUAUUCUCAUAAGGAUAAGGUUGACAUUAUCACCGAUUCUGACGGAUUGAAAUGUCUAUCAUAAUACACGCACACAUAUACAAACACACACACACACACACACACACACACACACACACACACAAACACACACACACACUCACACAUACACACACACACAUGCACACAUACACACACACACACAUUCAAACACGCACAUACAAACACACACACACACACAAACAAACACAUACAACAAAAGCUACAUGUAAUUUGGAUAUUGGAUAUUGUUCUCAUCACAGCACGAGUAGGCCAAGCGAAGCUAGGCUUUAAUAUUUUCACAUGCUUGUAAAAAAUAAAAUAAAAAUACUGUCAAAAUGUUUUCUCACAUCUCGUGGUAUUUGUUAUAUGCAACGUUAACCUUGACUUUAUAAUAUCAUCAAUAUAAAGAUGGUGGGUGGUUACCCUUAUGAUAUACAAUACAGUGUCUACUAAUGUUAAAUUCGCUUCAUUAAUAGGUAAGUUGUCUUGUUUUCGAAGACGAUGUAACAAAGAUUUGACCUAUCAAUCUACAGAUGUAACAGUUUUAACCAUUGAUGGACAAGCAGACAAACACACCCUUGUAUCCUUGUAAACAUAAUCUGUUUCAUUUUUCAAAAUCGAUUACAAGUGUAUACAUAAAAAGCAACAUAAACCAGAAAUUUGAAAUUUUCCCAAUAAA